AUGGUGGGUUAUGAAUUAAAAAAAUUCAAUGGAUAUACUACUGAAGAUUCCGAAGAACAUAUUGAAGAAUUUAGAUUGUGGCUUGCAGGUUCUGGAAUAGAUGUAGGUGCUGGUUAUGCUAAUAGAAUUAAUGCUCAUGGUGUUUUUAGAGCGUCUCUCAAAGGGGAUGCUAAAGAUUGGUAUGAAAGAACCAUCCAUGGGAAAAAUUGGGAGUUGAGAAAUUUACUUAAUAAUACAACGCAAGCAAAUUUAGCUGGUAUUCAAGGAAGAAAUGCUGAUCAAAUUGAAGCACAGGCCUUAAAUUAUGCAAACGGGCAGAAUGGAAAUGUUAUAAUUCCAGCUUAUACAGUAUUUGAUAAAGAUUGGUCUUUUGCUAAUGGACGAUCAACUGAUAACUUAUCCAAUACAUUCAAUGCUAAUACAGGUAAUACUGUGAUUGUACCUGGUAUUCGACUCGGACAAAUGGAAGUUUGUCAUUUAGGAAUUGAAAAAUUACCAGAUAAAUUGCUUCUGAAACUUGAAGAAAUUGAAAGAUAUACAGCAGAACAAUUAUCUGGAGCUUACUUGCAUUCAAACUCAGAUGUGGUAGCCAGUAAAGGUCACGGAAAGAAUAAUUACUCAAACAAUACAGAUAUGACCAAAGAAGAAAUUGAAAAUCUGAUAAAAGGUAUUAUGGCAUCUUCACUAUCUCAACCCGUUUCACAAACUAUCUCUUUUAAACCUCAAGAGAACCAGAUCAUACUUUCAUAA